UGCUACAAAGCUUACUUUGGAAUCCCGGUGGCUACGGCCAUCAUACUGAGAAAUGGGAUCCAAAGUUGCCCUAGAGCCGACUUCUCCCAAAGCUACCUACUGCAUAAAGAUGGGCAAAUGGUCCACUGUAACCUGAAGAACCUAUUCUGGCCCGAUCCUGUGAUCCCUACCAACGUACAUCAAGCAUGUACCCUCCCUCUGAUCCAGAGGAUCUGGAAAUCCCGCAUGUCGAAUCACAGGUAUAUAAGCCUCCAUAUCCCUGACUUCUCCUUGGUGGAUUUGCACAUUAUCCAACCUGCCGAAGACCUGGCGGAAGUGCAACAAGCAGUGGUCAACCUGCAAAAUCAGGAGCUCAUUMUGGAGACACCUGUGGUCCCCAUGACGGAUCCUGCUCCUCAGGACGUGUCAACUCUGAAUGAGACCUUACAAAACCCUGAUCUCAUCGCAUGGCUAAAUGAUAAUUCUAAGAAUAUGUUGCCAUCAAGCCCUGUGUCAGAAGUGGACACCACYGACUAUAACCCCCCUUCACCGAGAUACAGCCCGACCAUGCCUGAUUACACCCAGAAACCAGAACAAGGAGACAAGGAGACACCAGCUACGCAUGAGGUGGUUCAUCCGCCUCACCAAAUCCCUAGCGACAUACUGACCCUGUCCCCCGGCCCCUCGGAUUUCGACCUGGAGCUGAGCGCUCAUAGGCCCUUCUUGUCCGAAGAUGCAGACACCCCUCAUCCUAGGACAAUGGAGGAAAACCGACCCCCUACCCCUGUGAAGGCGAGGUUGGGCCCACCAGUGGUAGAAAGUAAAGAAAUAGGCCCUCCACGGAGCCCCAAUACCUCUCACAGGAAGGAGGAAUCCAACCCAGGGAAGAACUCAUAUGGAAACUACGGAGCCGCUGUGGACCGAGCAGUAAAAUCCUGGCAUCAGCCCAAAGCAGAGGGGUAUGACAAAAGGUACCGACCCAACAAGAUGGGCCCCCCUAAAUUCCCCAAAACUACGCGCCCGAGUAGGAUGGAACCCCCUGCUCAAGGUCCUCGCUACCCACCGUAUGUGCCUGCGAAGAUCCAUCCAUUGAUCCCCCCUGGGACCCUGACCCAAACUCCUAGGUCUGAUUCCAAGGAGAGGGUGUCAAGAGGGCCCACUGCUCAGGAUGCUUAUAAUGGUGGAAUCAGGCCUAGAGAGUUCUUUCCCCCACAGAGACGGGAUCAGGAAAAGAAAAGGAGAUAUCAUAAGAAGAAUCUAGGUCCAGAGGAGAAGCGGUUGAGACGGCAGCAGGAGGAAAUAUGAAGARAUAAUGUAAUCAACUUUAAAAGUAUAUCUAACCUAACCAAUGAUUAUUAUUAUUACUGUGGUUCUAUUAAUUGAUGUACUGUGAUUCUUGAUGACUUAUAAACUUGUGUAUUAUGUUUUAAGAAUGUUAAGAUGGUGAUUGAGGCAGAUUAGAGUAUAAAGCAUGUUCUGUAGGGUUAGUUGAAGGAACGUAUAACCAGUCAUGUGUAGACAAGUAGAGCAUUAUGUGAGCUAAGCCUGGCAUCUUAUCUAACGGUCAGUAAGCCUUCAGUUCCCCUUUCUAAUGUCACGUGAAACCUUGUGCAACCAAAGACCUUCUCAGAAAUGAUGAUUGUAACAGAUAAAAUGGACUUUUGACACCGCAGAAAAAGUACCUAAUGGGCCCAAAGAAGGAGAAGUACUGAGGGUUGUUUCACAAUGGAAAAAUACCGUGAAAAACACAUGACACAUGAUCGCCCAAGGCCAGGCGGGAAACAAGUUUACACAGGAAGAUAAAAGGCCUGAAUUGGACCACAACGGGGUCUUUCGUGUCACUCAGCUGAAGAAGGAACAGCUCAAGGAGCAGGACUUCAGAGCAGCAGAACCAAGACCGGACCUGAAAUUCAUUUCUCUCGUUGGGCCAAAAGCUGAUCAAUUCUCUUCAACUGAGCUCAAAAGGACCGAAGACCAUAAUUUGGAUUAAGGCCCAUCACUGAGAGAGAUCUUUUCAAACAACGUCCGACCUCAUGGGGGUAAAACUGACUGCUUUAUCCUGCCUUCUAAAGAAAUUAACAGAAUGCCACAUUUUUAAUCAGGAAGUUAGCUUAGCAUUUUAGAGUGUUUUAUUUUAUUCACCAUCUAUUAUUAAUCAAUGUUAUUAAUUUGUAUGAUCAGUUGUGGCUGUCUUUGCAAAUUCUAUUAAACUGCAUGCGAGCAUUAUAAAGACAAAUUAACUGACUGGACAUUGAUAAUUUUUGAUUGUCCUUUUUAA